AUGGUCUCAGCGCUGGCGCUUGUGGUGGCCGGAAAGAGCGGAAACGGAGAAGGAGAAGCGAGCCAGUUUCUUUGCUCAACUCGGGCGGCCAUGGCCUCGCCGGAGGAGACAUCUUCCUCCUACCACGAACCAGCGAGCGCUCGUAGAAGGUACCGGGGGGUCCGGCAGAGGCCGUGGGGGAAGUGGGCGGCGGAGAUAAGGGAUCCCCACAAGGCCGCUCGCGUCUGGCUGGGGACCUUCGAGACGGCGGAUGGCGCCGCCCGCGCCUACGACCAGGCAGCGCUCCGCUUCCGAGGGAGCCGCGCGAAGCUCAACUUCCCCGAGAACGUCCGUCUCCGGCCACCGGACCCAGUGGCUCCUCCACCACCAUCUCCGUCCAACUUUCAGAGGCGUCCGCUCAGUCUCUUGGACCAACUCUUGUUCUCUUCUUCUUCUUCAUCCUCCUCCUCUUCUUCUUCCUCGCUCCCUCUCCCUCAUCCCAUGGAGAGAGCUACGCCUGCGGGUCGUGUUCCGGCGCCGGAGGGCUCAGGCUGCGGCGGCGGGAUGGAGUUUCCCUUAUCUUAUUGGCCAGAGUCCGGCGUGUACCCACCGCAGUAG